UCGAUCAGAUGAGAAUUUGAGCUGGUUAGUAACUAACCAUCAUCAAAAAAGAAAAACCACACUCUCAAGUGGUGGAAGCAGGAGACAACAUGGACGAGCUCGAUUUGCUGUUGGAGGAGUUGGCCCUGAAUUCAGCGAGUUCAGAAAGUGUCAAAGAAAACACCAGCAAUGACUCAGCCAGUAAAGAGUUUGUAAUCUUGUCCACAGGUGCCAGGUGCAGUUUUCGGUGGAUUUACCAAAAGGGAAAUGUCCCAGUCAGCUUCAAUGUUUACAGUGAUCUGCCGGCUCCUGUGGCAGCUUCCCUGACUCCUGACUCUCCCACUCAGGAGCUGGACGCUAUCUUGCAGGAUAUGCUGGGUCUGGGACAAGGGGACCCAGUGUCUUCAACAACCCCACCACCUCUUAUACAAAAACAGUCUGUGAAAAGGAAAACAGAAGGUGGACAACAAGAGAACAAGGAGAGCAGCAGAAGCAGCACAACAGCUUCAGACGCAAGCGCCUCGACCAAGAGCAAGAAAACUGAUACAAUAGAUGAGCUGCUGGGAGGGCUGAGCUCUGAUUUGGAGAAGAUUGGCGUACGAACCACAGCCAAGGGCCAUUGUGCUUCUUGCAACAAAUGCAUCGUGGGAAAGAUGAUCACGGCGCUGGGUGCAGUGUGGCACCCUGAGCACUUUGUGUGUGUGGCGUGUAAGGUGGAGCUGAGCACCACAGGCUUCUUUGAGAGAGAGGGACAGCCGUACUGUGACAAAGACUACCAUCAGCUCUUCUCUCCUCGUUGUGCCUACUGCAAGGGGCCCAUUGUGCAGAACAUCCUGACAGCUCUGGACCAGACCUGGCACCCUGAGCACUUCUUCUGUACACACUGUGGAGGCCUGUUUGGACCCGAUGGUUUCCUAGAAAAGGAUGGGAAGCCCUACUGUUGCAAGGACUUCUACAACCUCUUUGCGCCCAAGUGCUCGGGCUGUGGGGUGUCAGUGAGGGAGAACUACCUGACUGCAGCCAACGGCACCUGGCAUCCAGAGUGCUUCGUCUGCGCGGACUGCCUGAAGCCCUUCAAUGACGGCUGUUUCAUGGAGCUGGAUGGUCGACCGCUCUGCUCGCAGGACUUCCACUCCCGGCAGGGCACUCUGUGUGGCAGCUGCAGUGAGCCAAUCACAGGCCGCUGCAUCUCUGCUCUGGAUCGCAAGUUUCACCCGGAGCACUUUGUGUGCGCCUUCUGUCUGCGGCAGCUCAGCCAAGGCAUCUUCAAGGAGCAGAAAGGGAAGGCAUACUGCUCGGCUUGCUAUGACAAACUCUUUGUGUGAGACAUGCAGUACGUAAUGUACAAAUAACGCAACAGAAACCAAUUAAAGUCAUCAAUGAGAUUAUAAUUUCCCUAUAGUAGGAAUGAUACAUUAAAUGAGGCAACUAUACUAUUAUUACAUUACAGGAGUUCAUUUUCAUUAGUACAGAUGCACAAUAUAAGUUUCCUUUUUUUCAUCAAGAUACCUGACAUUUUCAUGAAUUACAAACGAAAGUGUGCAACAUGAAAUGUGACAUUAAUUGUUAAUAGAUUUUGAAAAAUAAUCAAGGAGAAAAUGCUCACAAUAUAACGACGUGUUUAAAACAAAUGGAAAAUACCUAUUCCCCAUGAUAAUAACAUUGAAGGAACAUUUCACAUAUGUGAUCUUUGGAUGGUUCUAAUAGGUGUGUUGCUGACACUUGCACUAAAUUAUAUAGGAUCUCAUACAUCAUGAUCACAUAAAAUUCAUAAAUGGAGAAAAAGAAAAACACAGAGGUGCAGUUUUAAUCCAUGGUCUCCAUUAAACUAUCCUCAGUCAAGACUUGGCAGUCUGGAGAUACUCUCUGGCAGUAUGGAGCAGCUCGUCAGUGGGGCUUGUCUAUGUGUCCUGAUAGCUUGUAUUGGCAGUGACUGGCAUGAAAUCGGCAUGCCAACCUCAGUUUCCUCUUACUCUGACUUACCAUUUGGCCCCUGGCAUGCGCUGGAUUCAAACAACCUCUUCAUUCUCCACACAGGCUCCUUUGUAGACGCCUAUAGAAGAUUAAUGAAGGUGGUGAUGGGACCUCCUUCACAUCACUGCAUCUCUUUUACAUCACCUUCACUGUUGGGGGAUGAAUCAGCCACAAAGUGCUUUAGAGUCAAUUCUUUUUUGUGAUGCACUUUGCAAGUCUGGGCCCAAUUUUCUUUUGUUUCCUGACAUUUUAUUUGUUCACUCCCACUGAUAACUAAUGGUUUUGAUGAUAUGUUGAUAAAUUUGCAGCCCAGUUAGAAUGAAGUGCAAAAUGUUUAAUGUAUUUAAAUGUGAGAAUUUGUUGUCAGUACUGCAGAACGCAUCAUAAAAAAAUUAAUGUUUUCAUUAAUACAAACAAUUAUUUACAAAUGCACUUAUUACAAUAAGGUCUUGAUUUUGAGUCAUCUGUCCUAUUUCAGGAGGAGAAAAUGAUUUUGCCAUCAACUGUAGUAAAUACUUAACUGGAGCAGAGGUUUAUGAAAACAAAUAACAAUAAAAUGAACAUAUUAUGCUGAUCUUAAGCUUCAGACUUUUUUUCUAGAACAUGUUUAAAUGCUUUAAUGUUCAAAUCCUAAUGAGCCUGCAUGUGGUAUAGACAGGGGAGACAAAUCUGAAUGGCUUGUUAAAUAAAAUGUUUCCUG